CCGCGUUCCUCCUCCGAAACGAAACGAAACGCGCAUGUUUGGUGGAACUAGUAGCCUGUUGAUACGCGGGUUAUAGUACAACCUCAGACUGACUUCACAAACGCUGUAGAAAGUGAGAAAACGAGCAUCGACAUGACGGACGCGUGACUUCCGGAAGUGACUCUAACUCCCGCGGCUCGCGCUCAGUUUGCAGUGUGAACCGUGCCGGUGUUUUCUGUCCGGUCAGACCCAUGGCCCACGGCAGCGAUCGCUACGCGUCUCUGAACUGUCCCGAGGAGAAUGACGAAACCAGGAGCGAAGAGUUCGAGUCGGAUCUCCUCCGGGAGAGCGCAGGGAUGUACGCCCGGCCCUACGCCCACCAGACGCCCUUCCCCAGCUGGGACGGCCCCGUCAGGGCCCCGUCUCCUCACAGCCUGCCCUCCUGCCUCCCGUCGGCCGUCUACCAAACGCUCUCGGACGGCGGCUCGUUUCUUCCCGGCAGGCCUCGCUCUCUGCCGAGUCCGAGUCUGGAGAGCCUGGAGUAUCCCGGAUCUCUGCGCUCCUUUCCUCCGUCCGGCCGGCACCCCGAGGCUUACCUUCAUCCGUUGGGCCCCGUGAUGCCCGUCCACCAGUGCAGCUGCAGACCCGGACAUCAGCCGGCCUACGGACCCUCAGGCCUGCUGCAGUACAGACAGAUGGACACGCGCUUCUCUGAAAAUGACAAUGCAUCCGUGAACUCCAGACAGGCCAGUCAGUGUAUCACACACCUGCCACAGGAACAGAGGAAGGUGUUCGUCACGUACGAGGCCGACAGUGAAGAGCACCUGAAGGAGAUCAUUAAGUUCGUGUCUUUGCUGAGGAACAACGGCUUCGACAUGCACAUCGACGUUUUCGAGCAGCAGCUGAACAGCAUCAGCAAGAUCGACUGCAUGGAGAGAUACCUCAAUGAGAAAGAUUACCUGAUCAUCAUCAUCAUCAGCCUGAGGUAUUAUGAGACCAUAUCAGGUUUGACUAGCAGCGUGGAGGGUGACGAGAGAACCUCAAACACCGUUUACAUCCACAAACAGCUUCAGAGUGAAUUCAUUCAGAACGGCUGCAGGAACUACAGGUUCAUUCCCAUCCUGUUCCCGGGGGCUAAAAAGUGCUAUGUUCCCACCUGGCUGCAAAACACGCACGUCUACAGCUGGCCGAAAGACCGGGACGAUAUUCUGCGCAGGUUGAUGCGCGUGGAGAAAUACAACCCUCCUCCCAUCGGCCCUCUGCCGACCAUCGUCUCCGUUCCCCUGAACUAGAGAACACCGGAGCAGACUUCAGCCAAAGCGGAAAACGCGCUCAUCCUCCGGUCGUCCCGAGUCCGUGUCUUCGCCGGGUUUCGGAGAAGUGUGGCAUUGCUUGGCGGCGUCUCAGCGGUGCAGGCGAAUGGGUGCCGUCGGGACGAGAGCCUGGUGAAAACCUCGCAGUGAUCCACAGAGCUCCGGUCCAUCGGUUAACAUCCGGAGAAGAC